AUGGCUUCGCUGCUUUCUCAACCUCGCUACAUCUACAAGAUUGUGCCUUCCACCACACCAGUCCGCGAGCCAAUCCCUGAGCGGCUCACGGUAAGCGAACUGGACGAGACCUCUGGCUUCAUACACCUUUCGAUGGCGCAUCAGGUGGGAAACACAUUGAAAACAUUUUUCACGGAGGAACCACUUGUCUAUGUGUUGCGGAUCGAGUAUCGUCGCGUGAUCCAAGAUAUCCGGUGGGAGUCCCCAGACGGGAAAGUGUCUGGCCCUCGACCCGGUGAAGGACUUUUCCCACAUCUCUACAAUGGACUCAAACUAGGCAGAGAGGAGAUUGAAAGUGUCGCCAUCUGGCAGAAUGACGAGGGAUGGGACAAAGCUCUCACUGCAGGGAAGCCGUGGCUCCUUUAUUGA